AUGAAUAUCUCUGGUUUGGUUUCUUCCACCUCUUCCACGGCCUCUGCCCAUAGAGUUCUCUCUGGCAAUGACAGUCAAGAAGUCUGGAACCUCUUGGUUGGCCUCGCUCAAGAUCUCAAUAAGAUCCUUCACAACAUUCUUGUUACCUCUGUUGACGAAUGCAGUAGCAACACCAGUGUUUCCUGCUCUUCCAGUUCUACCAAUACGGUGAACGUAGUCGUCAAUGUCAUUUGGCAAAUCGUAAUUGAUGACGUGGGUCACGUUUGGAAUGUCCAAACCUCUGGCAGCAACAGCAGUGGCAACCAAAAUCGGCGUUCUUCCGCUUCUGAAGCUCUCCAAAGCUCUCUCUCUCUCGUAUUGGGAUCUGUCACCGUGAAUCGAGGUAGCAGGGAAGUCCUGGUUGAUCAAGAAGUCAGACAAGAUGUCAGCCAUCUUCUUGGUUUCGACGAAAAUCAGAGUCAGUCCGUUGGACAUAGUUUCUUCAGUAGCUGUGAGGAUAUCAAGCAAACUAGACUUCUUUUCGUCAUCUUCAACGUAGAGAAUUCUCUGAGUGAUGUUCUCGGAAGUAGAUCCAACUCUACCCACCGACAAGAAGAUAUAGUUGUGCAAAAAGUCCUUGGCCAUCAUUUGAAUUUCCUUAGGGAAGGUGGCAGAGAACAUCAAUGUUUGUCUUUCAGCUGGAGGUGGCAUGUCACAACCUUGGAUGAUGUUUCUGAUCUGGAUCUCGAAUCCCAUGUCCAACAUUCUGUCGGCCUCAUCGAGAACAAGAUAUUUGAUGUUUUUGAGAGAUAUUUUGCCUCUCUCCAAAAGAUCGUUCAAUCUUCCUGGAGUGGCGACUAA